GUGGAGCUGCAGAAGACCAUUAAAAACACAGGUUGAUAUCAGCUUGACAGAUUAACUGAAUUACAUACCGUCAUUACUUCUGAAGAAACUACCAAGUCAAGGGGCAAAAAAGUCACCACAGCGAGACAGACAGUAGAAAAGAACAAAAAGGAAAAACACCACAAUGUACCAGCAGAGGUAUGCCUUGGCCAAGUUCGGAAUGGAGUCUAAAGAUACUAAGACAUCCACUGGGAAAGGCUGUGAAUAUUACAUUAAGUACUUUUUCAUGUACGCGUCCCUAAUACAACUUUUAAUCAUUGUUGCAUUAGUUCUUUUUAUGGUCUAUGACAAUGCUCCAAAACUGGCAAAGGAGCGGCAGGAACGACUGGAGCAGGAUAAAACUGGCCUAAUCCUUCAACUCAAGAAUGUCUCAACUCAGAAUUUAUUUUUAAAACAGCUACUGAAUAAAACUCAGAUGGCGCAUAAUAAGCAGAAUAUCAAACUAAAUGAAAGUAAAAUCAUUCUUGACCAGACCAACAAAUCACUUAAUGCCUGUAGAGUGGAAAAUGCAGAUAAUAAGAAAAAAUUAAUCACACUGGCAACAGCAUUCGAUAGGACAAAAGACUGUAUCAUGACUAUAAAGCAAAAGGAUCAGACUUGCGAAGGACAGAAAAUUGGACUGAUCGCAGAGAGAGAAAAACUCCGCCAAGAAAUGAAUGCUUUAAGGGAAAAUAAGAAUACAAGUGACAUAAUACUAAACAAAAAAGUUCAGAGUGCUGAAUCAGCGAGGGAGAAGUGUCUUGAAAGGCUGAUUAAUCUGCGACAAGAAAAGGAUGCUGUGGUGAGGGAGAAUUCACAAUGUGAAAGCAAAUGCAGCUCGAUGCUUGACAAAUUUGAGCAACAAAUUAGAACUAUGGCCAAUAACUUUGAUGCCGCUAUCAAAGGGGCUUUGUCAGACAAUGUUCUUGUAGGAACAAAUGAAGAACUCAAAAUAAAGAUGGAGAAAAUCAAGGCAAACUGCACACCCGUUUCAAACGAACUCCAUCAGCAAGUCAAUAGCGUGUUAGUGAAAAUGAAAGAUACCAUCAAAAAUAGCGUAGCCGAUAAUGCCAAACUCAGCACAGAGAAUAUUAAUCUGCAGGAGAAAAUUAAGCAAUGUGAGAAAAACAGGACUGCUACAGUGGAGGAGAUGAAAAGAAAGAUGACAGAUUUUGAAUUGUCAAAAGACAAAGAAGUCCAGAACGUGCUUCAAGAGAAAAUGCAGUUAAGAAAAGAGAAAGAUGAACUCGGCAAAAAGGUGGAGGAGAAACAAAAGCAGAUUUUCAUUCUUAAUAAUGCUUUUGAGGCACUCAAUACUUCAUUUAUCAAAUGCACCAAAACAAUGCCUGCCUACCCUUCUUCAAACAAUCCAGCUGGCACUGACUGGAUGGCGAAUGUUUUACAGAUAGCACAGCAAAUGCAGGAAGGACAGAAAGGCCCUGGAAGGUUCUAAAUCCAAACCAGCCAACAAAAGAAGAGACGCGCUUUUUGUUGUGAAGAAAUACAAAGUAAUUUGGGAGGUCAAAAUAAUAAAUAUAUAUAUAUAUAUAUAUAUAUAUAUAUAUAUAUAUAUAUAUAUAUAUAUAUAUAUAUAUAUUUAAGUCGUAUGUAUUAUAUGAAAGUGCUUCUCAUUCUACUGUGAUCACAAAGUGACUAGAUGCAGAAAAAUGGAGCAUUAAUCAUGCAUGUAGUAACAUUCCUGCAAAAGCAACAAAAUCUGCUUCUGAACCGGUUUAAAAGGCACAUGGCAAUGGUGCCCUAGACAAUGGGUAAAUGGCAUUAAAAUUUCUUGGGAACAAAGUUUUGAAGUAGAAGGAACCUAUACUGAGACAGUUUCAUUUAGAAACCUCAAAUUACUUAAUUGAAUAGCAGUUUUGCAAGAAUAUACGCUUUUAAACAUCAACUUAAGUAUGGCUACAAAUCAUGUUAUUCUCUUACUCUGUCUAGUUUUAAAUAUAGUGCAGAUUUGGUGUUUGAACACUAGACUGUAGCUGUUAAUUAACGUUUGCUGUGGUAUUGCGGACUGUGACAACUGUAUCAAAAUAAAGUGAAACUAACCAAUCAAAA